CCGCGCCCCGCGCCCCCUGCCCCUCCCCCGUGUAGCCCCGCUCAGGUUCUGUCAGGUAUAACAAACACGGAUACGUUGACAGAAUGGAUCUCAUGAGCUAAGAGAUUAUUCUUUUAAUUUUUGGCUACUCUGUGAAGUAUGGAAGAAACCACAAUGUUGUUACUUCUCGCAAUUGUUAUGUUGGUUGGAAGUUUCGUGGCUGGAUCUAUUCCACUAGUGAUGUCAAUGUCUGAGGAGAAAUUACAGCUUGUUUCUGUUCUGGGAGCUGGUCUCCUUGUGGGUACAGCCCUAGCUGUUAUCAUUCCUGAAGGUGUCCGAUCCCUACUUGACGUUCCUCAAGUAGUGCAUUCUCAUGCUAGUGUUGGCUCUAAGAAUGAGGGUCUUGUAGUUGAGGAGCCACAUAGCCAUGACCAACUAAGUGACAUUCAUUCUCUAAUUGGAUUGUCACUUGUACUAGGGUUUGUUUUUAUGCUUUUAAUUGACCAAAUAUCUAUGGCGAAAUCAAGAGAUAUUGAGGGUGGUGGGAAAGGAGGAGAACGAAGCUUCACUGCUACAUUAGGUCUUGUAGUCCAUGCAGCUGUUGAUGGAGUGGCUCUAGGAGCUGCAGCAUCCACAGCACACACAGAUGUUGAGAUGAUAGUUUUUUUGGCAAUCAUGCUGCACAAGGCUCCUGCUGCUUUCGGUCUAGUAACUUUUCUUCUCCAUGAAGGUGUUGAUCGGAAAAGGAUACGUAAACAUCUCUUCAUUUUCUCAGUAGCAGCCCCUCUGCUAUCUCUCUUGACGUACUUUGGAAUAGGACAGGAGGGAAAAGACACAUUAUCAUCUGUCAAUGCCACAGGGCUGUCAAUGCUUUUUAGUGCAGGAACAUUUUUGUAUGUUGCCACUGUCCAUGUCUUACCAGAGCUUACUAAUCGUACUUCAGGAAACUGCCAUGGGAGUGGGGGCGGUUCCUUACGAUUUUCUGAACUUGCUGCACUGGUUGUUGGAUCUUUAUUACCUGCCCUGCUUACCACUGGACAUCAUCACUAAGUUUGGAUUUAUAAACUAUACUUAGGUAUGAACUUUACGCAGUGGCAUUUUAAAGAGAGAAAGAACCAAAUUGAAGGGCAAAUAUGCUUUGAUCUUGAUCUCUUCGUUUAUAGUAAAUGAGAGGAUGUUUUUGCCCACUACUGAGUCUUACUUGAGUCUCUGUUCAUAAACUGAACGUGAAUACAAUUGUGAAGUUUUGUGAUACCUUAUUUUGAUUUUAAGAAACAGGGUACAUAGUAUCACUCGGAAGUUUAUUUAAAUGAUUUGAGGAUGAUUGAUCCACUCUAAGGAUAAAUUUAUUGGAACUCUU